GUUGCAGCGGUUGUGAGCGUGGUGUUCAACCGGCCUGACUACCUCAAGCGGCAUGCUGCCUCCCUCCUGGCUGUACACGGCUCGGAUCCCACCUUCAGGCAGAAGUUCCCGCUCUUCUUCUCCCAGGACGGGAAUAUGCCUCACGCAGCGACACAGGAGGUAGCGCAGUCAUAUGAGCAGAUAUCGUACCUGCACCAUUUGGAGCGCGUGGCCCCGGUGGUCCGGCAGAGCCAGGAGAAGAUCGAGUACUACCGCAUCGCAGCGCACUACAAAUUCAUCCUGCGCACCAUCUUCGACUGCUUCCGCUACCCACGUCUCAUCAUCCUCGAGGAGGACAUGGAGCUGGCGCCUGACUUCUUCUCCUACUUUGAGGCGCUGCACCCGCUGCUGGACACCGACCCCUCCCUCAUGUGCAUCUCCUCCUGGAACGAUCACGGCCAGGACAAGUUUGUGAGGGAUGCGCAUCAGCUGUACCGCUCGGACUUCUUCCCUGGCCUGGGCUGGAUGCUGCGCAACGAGCUCUGGCAGGAGCUCAAGGGCGGCUGGCCGGGCUCGUACUGGGACGACUGGCUGCGGCAGAACGGGACGCGCAAGGGGCGGCAGUGCAUACGGCCCGAGGUGUGCCGCAACUACAACUUUGGCCGCGACGGCUCCUCCAAGGGCAUGUUCUUCAGCCAGUUCCUGGAGCCCAUCCGGCUCAACAAGGAGCCUAUCGACUGGCUCGCUGCAGACCUGUCCUACCUGCAGCUGCCCAGGUACGAUGAGGAGAUGGCGGCGACGCUGGCAGCGGCAAAGGAGGUGGGAGGCGCGGACGAGGCUGCCGGGGUGGCAGGGGACGUGGUGCUGCGCUAUGACAGCCAGGAGCACUACGAGAGGGUGGGCGGGGGCUUCGGCAUGCUGCUGGAAUGGCGCGACGGCGUUCCCCGCGGCGCCUAUAAGGGCGUGGUG